GGGAGCAAUGGCGGAUACUUCAAAACCAGGAACAGAAUGCGAGAAGAAAGUAAAUAUAAAUACAAAAGACUCUGAAGCAACUGAUGUGUUUGAAGCAGUGACAGGACAGUUAUUUGAAGAACUAAAAAGGGUUUAUCAAGAAACAGGGAAAGUGACAGAUGAAGUCUUGUCAGCGCUGAGCAAUGUUCUACAAGCACCCUUGUUACCAGCAUUAGAUCUUGUUGACAACAGAAGUGUGUCUUUGCUUGUAUGCCCUGCAGGGAGACAACUCUACCAGGUUGUUGGAAGUUCUGGUACACCAUACACGUGUUUUAAAGGCAACCAUUACUGUUCCUGUCCUGCAUACAGAUUUUCUAUCCUCAAAAAAGAGGAACAUACAAUGUGUAAGCAUGUACUUGCAGUGAAGCUGUCGGAUGCUAUGGAUGUAACAAAGAAACUUGAAGUGACAGACAAAGAGUUGACAGACAUGUUAAUUAAUCUAGAAUGAGAAUAAACCGGAACAGAGCUUUUAUAUAGAAGAUGAAUACAUCUGAAAAGAGUUGAUGACAGUUUGGCUGUAAGUCAGAUGGGCACGCUAACAUUGGAGUUAACAAGGACAUGACUUAAUUAAGGAACUGAAACAUUGGGAGUGAUGGUUUAGAUGUAUAGAGUUGGGUUGAGAGUGUUGGUAGAUAUAGAUACAGGUCUGAACACUA